AUGGCCCUCGCCGGCGUGGUAGAGAAGCGUGAGAGAGCUACCAGUAGGUUGCAAAAGGAGUCACGCAAUCUACGGCAGCAAAGGCAUGAUCUGCUUGUCGAUGAAUCCGAGACCGGCGACAUCAUGAAUGGCCUGGCGGUUCAGUCUCAUGCCAUUGCAACAUGGUGGCCAGAUUCUCUAACCAAGAGAUAUUUGGCCGGCUUGAUCGAUAUGCACCCUGCAUUUCUAGUCACCAUCGUGAGCCACUCUGCUCCCGUACAGCAUGGUGUGCUUGGACUUUUCAGCUUGCUAUUACCGGGCAUCACUGCAAGACUCAUAUGGACAUGCUCAAGAUUCGGACUGCUCACUGGGUUGGAGCUCGUUAUCGGACUACUAUCCGAGCGUCUGUGGCGGUCAGCUCGAGACAAAAACGCCCAGCUACGAAUCGAUGCAGCCCUCCGACGUCUGGAGAAUACAGCUCAGUGGAUGUGCGACAUACUACUGCUCCCGCUUGAGUACUAUAUAAUCGCUCAACAACUUGGCGUCGCGCCAUAUACUCCAUUGCUCCUCCCCUUCAGCCCGGUUUCGAUUCACAACGUCUACUCAAUGUACACUUUAGUCUGGACGCCAACAUUGUAUCUGCCCUACAGUAGCCUUCUGAGCUCGCCUGCGGCCUUCCUACUUUCGUUCGGUCUGCUUACACGGGUCCUUAAUCCGCCCCUCCAGCUCGAGCCCCACGACUUAGCAUCGACUUCCCAAAUCGCGCUCGGCGACUUUGCCACUUCGACCAGUGCAUACCAGGCAGCCAACGGUCUGCUGCCGUAUCUCCGAAAUCGCAUCUUCUCCUUCCGCAUGCCCAUAAUGGCGUGGCUGAACUACCGCCCUGUCGCGGUCGCGCAAAGCCCAGCUGAGCCAGAUCAGGACAUUGUACAAAUUGCUACUAAGCAUGGCACAAGACUGGCGACUUCACAUCGAGCAGGUUCUCUAGCUACUCAAGUGCCGAAUUUCCUGGCUACGAAUCUGGAUACACUGCUGAUCAGGCUACUUCUGCUACCGCUCGAGGGGAUGAUGCUCCGAGCAGUGCUUACCUCGUACGCCAAGUCAAACCUACCAAAGACUCUUAUUGGAAAGCUUGUCGCCAAAGGACUCACGACGAGCAUUGGCAGCGGUCUGUCGCAUCUCCCAAGCCCAGGCUCGUGGUCCGAGACCAUAGCAUACUACACGCUCCGCGCCAGCAAGGUUGGAUUAGCCAUGACUCUUCAGAGUGCUGUGGAAAUGUCGGUAUUUGCUGGAUGCUAUACCAUUACCCGAUGGCAAGGGACUCGCUUCUAUGGGUGGCGUGCACGCACUCGUCGAGACGCCGGCGCCAAAGAAUAA